CAACAAAACAACAACUUCGUCAGCAAAUUUCGCCAUGGUCGCCGACUUCUUUCCCCAUCUCCAAAAAGAAUCUUCUCCUCCUCCCCAGUUCCCGGAGAAGAAGAUGCAAAAGCCCGAGGACAGUUCUGGGUCGAUUCUUCUUCGAUGUUGUCCAGCCGAUUCGUCGUAUUAUCAGUAGCAGUAAAUUCAUUGAAUGCUUUAGGGAUUUCUAUCAAUAGUAGUCGAUUCGUCGAAUUCUCCUUUGCUUUUGCCCAGUCAUUGUGUCGAUUCCUUCUCCGUCUUCUUCUUCCUGACCAAAAUCGAUGGCCUUCCACAACCCUUCUUCAUCCCUCUCACUGUCUCUUCAACCUUAUCCCACUGGGUGUUGAGAUUUGACCCAAAUCGACUAGAUACAGGGUCGUUCCAUUUGUGAAAGCUAUCGUCUAUCGUCGAAGCGGAUGGAUGUCCCCCCGCCGUCGCCUUCUCUAUCUUCUUCUCCGACGGCCCUGGUAGGCUGUAUUCGAGAUCUCCUGCGGUGAAAGGGUCAGAGGCUAUGGAGAUGAGCAGUGGGGGUUCUCUUGGACGAUUGAGGUGACGUUUCGGCUGCCGGAUUGACGGAUCUCGGAGGCGAUUCCGGGGAAGCUUUGAUUGCUGGAGAUUCCUCAUCGUUGAAGCCGCUUGACCUGGAUUAGGGAUUGAUGGGAGAGAAUUUGGGGAGGAAGGUGAAAGAAAGAAUUGAGAAGAAGUCUUCUGCGGGCGACGGCAGAGAGAAGAGAGAGACGUGAGA